AAUGCAGACUGAUCCCCGGUAGAAUGCAGUAUGAGCAUGUGCUGCUUCCAAGGUUAGGUCAUAGAAAGCACUGGGGCUUCCAUCCGGGUCUCUCGGGUGGUACAUUCUGAGGAAGGCCACGGCCACAGCAUGAGGACUCAAGCUGUCCUAUGGAGAAGCCCUAGCAGAGAGGAACCUUCGACGCCCCAGACCAACAGCCAGUGCCAGGCUGACAGCCCUAUAGUAAACGACGGGGAUUCAAGUCUUGCCACGGAGCUACAGGGAGAGUUGGAGGAAAAUUCUAGCCCGGCUGUGGAUGAGAGUAUAGUUUCAGCCAAAAAACAGGGACCAAGCACACACAAUUGGAGCGGCGACUGGAGCUUUUGGAUCUCGAGCUCCACCUACAAAGACAGGAACGAGGAAUACAGGCAGCAGUUCACACACCUGCCCGACUCCGAAAAGCUGAUAGCAGAUUACGCUUGCGCUCUUCAGAGGGAUAUCUUGCUUCAGGGGAGGCUGUACCUUUCAGAAAACUGGCUGUGUUUCUAUAGCAACAUCUUCAGAUGGGAAACCACAAUUUCUAUUGCUUUAAAGAAUAUAACCUUUAUGACCAAGGAGAAAACUGCUCGACUCAUCCCAAAUGCUAUCCAGAUCAUCACAGAGGGGGAAAAGUUUUUCUUCACGUCUUUUGGUGCCAGAGACAGAAGUUACCUGAGCAUAUUUAGGUUGUGGCAGAAUGUAUUGCUAGAUAAGAGCCUGACCAGACAGGAGUUCUGGCAAUUGCUCCAGCAGAACUAUGGCACCGAACUAGGAUUAAACGCUGAAGAAAUGGAACACUUGUCGCUAUCAAUUGAAGAAAACGUGCAGCCAAGAAGUCCAGGAAGAAGCAGCGUGGAUGACUCUGGGGAAAGAGACGAGAAGUUCUCCAAGGCCAUCAGUUUGACACACGAGUCAGUUAGCAGAGCUUCAGAAACAGAGUCAUUGGAUGGAAACUCACCGGAAAGAGGAUUAGGAAAAGAGGGGUCUCAGAGUGAGAGACACGUGAGAAAAAGUCCUUCCCUAGCUUCAGAAAAGAAGUUAGGCAGAGUGCCCUCCAAGACACUGGACUUGAAUAAGAAUGAGUACCUUUCUCUGGACAAGAGCAGUACUUCAGAUUCUGUGGAUGAAGAAAAUAUUCCCGAGAAAGAUCUUCAAGGAAGACUCUAUAUCAACCGAGUUUUUCACAUCAGUGCUGAGAGAAUGUUUGAAUUGCUCUUCACCAGCUCACACUUUAUGCAGAGAUUUACUAAUUCUAGAAACAUAAUAGAUGUGGUGUCCACCCCCUGGACAGUUGAAUCUGGAGGCGAUCAGCUGAGAACCAUGACCUACACUAUAGUCCUCAGCAAUCCACUUACGGGCAAAUGUACUGCCGCCACGGAAAAGCAGACACUGUAUAAAGAGAGCCGGGAAGCCCAGUUUUAUUUAGUAGAUUCAGAAGUGCUGACACACGACGUCCCCUACCACGACUACUUCUACACUUUGAAUAGAUACUGCAUCGUGCGCUCUGCAAAACAGAGGUGCAGGCUGAGAGUCUCCACAGACUUGAAAUACAGGAAACAACCGUGGGGCCUUAUCAAGUCUUUAAUCGAGAAGAAUUCCUGGAGUUCGCUGGAGAACUAUUUCAAACAGCUUGAAUCAGAUUUGUUAAUGGAAGAGUCUGUGUUGAGUCAACCCAUGGAAGAUGCUGGAAAACUUAGCAGCCUACGCCGGAGACGGCGGACCUUGAACCGGACAGCAGAGCCGGUUCCAAAGCUGCCCUCUCAGCGCUCUCCUACAGAUUUGGGCUUCGAGGCCAAAGACGAUAUUACAGGAAAGAGAAAGGCAGUGGACAGUUGUGACACUGCCCUUAUCGUGGUGAUGAGCGUAUUUUUGCUGCUGCUAGUUCUGCUGAAUGUGACACUGUUUCUGAAGUUGUCAAAGAUAGAACACGCCACCCAGUCCUUCUACCAGCUUCACCUCCAAGGAGAGAAAUCUUUAAAUUUAGUCUCUGACAGGCUCUCAAGAACGGAAAAUAUUCAAAAGAACAAAGAUCAGGCCCACCGUUUAAAAGGAGUACUCCAGGAUUCCAUAGUGAUGUUGGAACAGCUGAAGAGCUCACUCAUUAUGCUUCAGAAAACCUUUGAUUUACUAAACAAGAACAAGUCUGGGGUGGUUGUGGAGAGCUAGUGCUGAAAUGUGGAGAUCAAAGAGACAUCUGGACCUAGAAGACAACAUCUGGAAGGAAACAGAGGAUGAAGACUGUCGCGGUCAAAAGGACAUUUCUGAUCUUUUUAUUACCGGGAUUUCUACUAGAAAAGCCUUAUUUAAAUAACAUUUACUCAGUGAUUCUCACCAGUAGCCUUAAGACUCUAUCUUUUCACUUCUUAUAGCUAUUUUCAAGCUGUGAAUUUCUCUAGUGAACCAUGAAAUAUAUUUUGGAAUUGAAAUUCUGUGACACAAAAGGGGGGAAGGAAGACACCCUGGCUACAGUGGCUUCUCUUCUCCAGUGAGGCUUGUCACUUGAUCCUUUAAAUUUACGUUAGCACAGAGUCCCUGUGCCCAGUGGGGUGUGUUCAUAGCUGAGUCUAAGAGCCUAAAAAGGUAAGAAGGAACCCUUUAAUCACUUGUCACCUUAAAGGAUCAUUUUCCAAGUGCAGACAUUGCAGGUUUGUAUCUUUAAACUUUACAAUGUCUUCAUUGACUUGGCUUCAAGGCCAGUGGUCAGACCUUUUGUAUGUCUGAAAGAGUCAUUGACCAUGUUGUAUCUUAAUGAAGGAAUAUAUGUGUAUGUAUACACACAUACAUAUAUAUAUAUAUAUAUACAUGUACAUAAAUGUGUGUAUAUGUAUAUAUGUAUGUAGGUACAUAUUUAUAUCUACCAAAGGUGAGAUUACCCUUCAUACAUCCAAAAGACUGAAUAGUAAUUUAGGAGAAGGAAGUAUUCGAGUUAUUAAUGCUCAGAAUGAACUACUUUUAGUUUUAGAAGCCAUAAGAUUAUUAUAAAGUCUGGGCAUUUCAUGAUGGAUCAAAUGAGACCAUGAAUUAUGCUUGGAUUCACCUUAGGAGGGCCCAUAAUGGAAGUGACCCAUGCCAUGGAAAAGAAUUGAUGGCUUUUCAGUAGCAGCUACAUACAGCUUCAUUCUUUAUUCUUCAUUCUGUGUGUAGCUUGUCUUGCUGGCAAUCAGAAGAUAGACAGACAGAUACUCGCACUCGCCAGUAAAGACUGGGGGACGUGCGUGCUGACUGAAGUUGAGAGGCACAAGCUUGGGCUCUCAGGACAGCUGCUUAGGCAUUUGUGAAAAGAAGGACUCUGUGACCAGACUUGAAAUUAGCUCCGUCCCCCAGGAUUUAGGGAAUGUUCAGGACAUAUUUAUUUAUUGUUUUGUUCUCUAGAGGUCUUUCUAGAACACGCACAUAUAUUUAUUCUUAUUGAAUAUCCAUUGUCUUUAAGUCAAUGUUGCCUUUCCCUCAGGUCACCAAAGCCAAAUGUCAUUGUUAACAACGCUUUUGCGAAGCCUGUAGGGAAUAAAAAUACUGGCUAAAGGGAAGGGUUUCUCUUCACAAGUCCUAUCUACUCUCCCUGGGGAAGGGGGCUUCAGAGUAAUACCUCCUGUUCCGUUUUGUCUUGUUUUGUUUUGUUUGUUUAGGAACAUAGGAAGUAUCUGGCUGUAUGUUAGAGUGAGUGGAUUAGAAACUUCAAAUUGUUACAUUUAGAAAAAUGUUAACUGUCAGAGUGAAUGUUUUUGUUGUUUCUCUCAGACUACUUUAUCACAUACCUCAAAGGUUACCAACGUUGCUUUGUAGAUAAAACACUAAAUAUGUAUGUAGAAUUAAGAUCUUAAUCUGUUAUAUAUAGAUUGACUUCAAUAAAACCCAAAAUGUCUAA